CAGACCGGCCUCCCGGGAGCCUGAGGUCACUGCUGUGCGCCGGAAGACGCUGUCUCCUUGGCCCCUUGUCUCAACACAGACCUCUUCCCCGGCCGCCUGACAUCCCGGGAUAUGAGCCGGAAGAGACAGCGCCUGGUCCCGGACGCCUUUGGGCUGAAGAGGCGGCGGGAGCGAGGACAGGCAGAGGCGGAUCCUCUAAGGGGCGAGUCGGUGACCCGGUCUCUCCGCCCAGGGUCGGCGCGCGCGGCGGUCGCCGAGCUGGUGCAGCUGUUCCCGCGAGGCCUGUUCGAGGACGCGCUGCCGCCCAUAGCGCUGAGGAGCCAGGUGUACAGCCUCGUGCCGGACCGGACGGUGGCCGACCGGCAGCUGAAGGAGCUUCAAGAGCAGGGGGAGAUCAGAGUCAUCCAACUAGGCUUUGACUUGGACGCCCAUGGAAUUAUCUUCACUGAGGACUACAGGACCAGAGUCCUCAAGGCCUGCGAUGGCCGACCAUAUGCUGGGGCAGUGCAGAAGUUUCUGGCUUUGGUACUUCCAGCCUGUGGGGACCUUAGCUUCCAGCAAGACCAAAUGACACAGACCUUCGGCUUCAGGGACCCAGAGAUCACGCAACUAGUGAAUGCUGGAGUGCUCACCGUCCGAGAUGCUGGGAGUUGGUGGCUGGCCGUGCCUGGUGCUGGGAGAUUCAUUAAAUAUUUUGUUAAAGGGCGCCAGGCUGUCCUUGGCAUGGUCCGGAAGGCCAAGUACCGGGAGCUACUCCUAUCAGAGCUCUUGGGCCGGCGGGCACCUGCCACGGUGCGACUCGGCCUCACCUACCACGUGCAUGACCUCAUUGGGGCGCAGCUGGUGGACUGUGUCUCCACCACUUCUGGAACUCUUCUCCGCCUGCCGGAGACCUGAGGAUUCUCCUCGUUAUUGCAUACCUCCCCAGAGUGGGGUGAGAGGGACCCAGGAGUACUGCCCAGUGGUGGCUGAGACAGGGUCACCUUGGCAAGGCAUGGGAGCCCAGAUGAUUGUUGGCCUUGCUUCUGCUCAAAGGGUCAGAUGCGAUUGCUGCUGUUUACCUGGGCUCUGAUCCAGUGGUGGGGUUUGGGCAAUGCUUCUCUGCCCUUCCAUGGAAGUGGAGCCAGAAAGCAGGCCAAGGCCAUGGCUAUUGCCUUUCUUGUAGCAAAGUCUGCUGUCACUCUCUUGGGAUAGGAAGACAGGAUUUCUGGGGAGGCUGGUGAGGGAGGGCAGAGUCCUCUGUUCUAUAUAUCAAGGUAAAACUGCCAAAUAAAGUACUUCUGCCUGUGCGA